UAGUCUAUUGGAAGAAGCUUCAAAGCUGAAGUGGUCUCUAUGGUGACUGUACAACAAUGCAAAUGGCGACUUCUAAAAGUCUGCGAUUGUCUCCUGCUGACCGCGAGGCUGCGGUGGCCGUCCUACAAGACUGUGUAGAUCAACUGGCCAUCCUGGGUGGAAUCAUGCCCUCCCAUAACAAGCCCUCUGCUGUGGACACUGUGAUGGGUGAUGAGCUGAAACAGAUUCUGGAGAGCCAGCGUCAUUUAGAGGCAGAAUUUGAAGGGAUGGGUUUGGAGGGUGGUAGUCUGAGAGACCAUGCACAUAGCCUCAAUGCCACUGCUCAAGCUGCCAAGACCUCCAAGGCUGUACAGGAGAACAUGGCCAAGUUACAGGGUGAUCGUGAGUUUCUGGAGGACCUUAUGACUGAGGCUCUGAGAGAGGUGUCAUGUGAGGGGACCUUUACACAGCUCACAACCAGACUCAGACAGUGUCAUGAGGACAAGCAUCACAAGGAGCAAACCAUACUCAGGGAAGAGGAGUGUCGGAGGAGGGUGCGUCAGCUCAAGAAACAACUGGUGGAGCUGCGGAGGGACAAGGAGGACCAACUGAGUGAGCUGAGUGAGCAGAUUGCUCACCUCAGGGACCAGCUACAAGAGCUCAAAGCCAAGACAAGCCUUGAGGCUAAGUAUGUCAAGAAAGAGUCACAGGUGACAGUGGAGGUGUUGCAGCGUCGGCAUGGCAACAGUGAGGGGUCACUGCGUGAGAGUGAGGGGACUCUAGAGCAACAGUUAGCAGAGGAGGCGUGUGUGAGUGGGCGUAUUGAGGCCUACCUCAAGAAACAUUACGAAGAGUUGGCAGAGAAGGUUGAUCACUGGAUGACCAGACACGAACAAGACAUCGAGAUGAAGGGACGCGAUCUUCACGAACUCAAGCAAAGCAAGGCAAGUGGUCUAAUGAAACUAGAGGAGCUGACUCAGCAGUACAAUGAGUUCAAUGAAGUGGUGGUGGAACAUCGACUGCUCAAGGAGAAGCUGCGACUCAAGGCAGAGCAAGCAGAGAGAGAGGCCAAAGCUGCCACUAAGGUACAGGCCUGGUGGAAGGGAGUGAUGGUGAGGAAACAGUUGGGACCCUACUCCAAGAAAAAGAAAGGCAAGAAAGGAAAGAAAGGCAAGAAGGGAAAGAAAGGAAAGAAAGGAAAGAAAAAGAAGAAAUGAACUAAACGACCUUUGCAUGCAUAACUCUUCACACAAUAGCAAUAAUUAUUAUAAAAGUUUUGGAACACGUAA